UCUCUCUCUCUCUCUCUCUCUCUUAUUACUAAUUUACAAAGCCUUCAUAAUCAUAUAUUUUUUCUUUCUUUCUUAUUGGUCUACUUCUUGGUGUUUAAUCUUUGCCUGAACCGAUCAUGUUUUAUCGAGUCUGUUCUUAUGUUUAUUCCUUUUUCUCAUUUCUUUUGUAUGCUUUGAAUUGUGUCUUCAAUCUGUUUUAUUUGAUUUUCCAUGGCAAAUCUCAGAUCCGGGUACGGGAUAUUGGUCUGUAUAUAAUUGUGGCCAUUAUUCCCGGAUCCGAUGACCCGAAAGUUAUCCUGCUUAAGCUUAUAGACUGCCAUGAUUGCUAGGUCUAAGCUUAUAACACACCAAUAUAGUCAAAAGGGAUAAAUCUAAGAUUUGUCUAGGUCAACGAAGUUUAUGUUUUUCAAAACACUUUUGCUUCAUUCUUAUGUAUAUACUUGUACUUAUCCUUGUUUUUGUGUGUUGAAGAUUGGAAUAUUUAUCUAUUGGCUAGACUUUUGAGAUAUAUAAGCUAAAUUGAAAUUCAAUUGUUCACUUCUGUGUAGAUAGAAUGAUUUCAAUCUUGUUUUAAUUUGAUUAUGUAUAUGUUUAUAUACUAAUUUUAACCUUAAUUGAAUGGGAAAUACAAAAUUUUAUUUGGAUCAAACCUUCUCCCAUAUAAUUCGAUUCAUAUUGUCAAACCGAAACAAGAAAAUUACCAUUUGUAUUUGAUUUGGUGCUUUAUGUUUGUAGCUAAGUUUACUAAACAUUGGGCUUUUCUAAGGCCUCAACAAUGUGAGUGUGAGUUAGAUGUGAGCCUUUUUUUAACCGGUUUUUGAAGGGUUAAAAUGUUCACAAGUAGAUAUUUCUGACGCGGUUCGUCUCAGUUUACUUUACUCUUUCUCUACUCCAGUUUUUCUUCGAUCUUCAUUGGCACGAUCGUCGCUGAUUGAACAUGGAGUGUAAAGUUGAAACUCCACCUGAAAGCCAAAAGUUUUACACAUCCGUUGUCCUAAACAAUGGACUGAAGGCAAUCUUGAUAAAUGACCCAGAUGCGACGGAAUCUGCAGCGGCAAUGAUGGUUCGAGUUGGGAGCUCCUUUGAUCCUCCAGAUGCUCAAGGGUUAGCUCAUCUCCUAGAGCACAUGGUCUUCAAAGGAACCACCUCUUACCGUGGCACAAACGAGUUGCGGGACUAUCUAAGUCAGUAUGGUGGAGAGGCCAACGCAUUUACAGAGUUUGAUUUUAUGGUGUUUCACUUUAACGUUAGCAAUGUUGGCCUCAAUGGAGGUCUUAAAAGGUUUGUGUCUUAUUUGCUUGUUGCAAUUUUUUUUCCCAUUUUAAAAUGCUGAGCAAACUACUUGUCAGGUUUUCUGACAUGUUCAUAUCGCCUCUGUUUAACCGAGAGUGUUUGGAAAGCGAGAUUUCAGCUAUUGACUACGAGUUUGAAGCUGCACGUCAAACUAACAAAAAUAGGAUUGAUCAGCUUAGAGGUCAUACUGCCCCAGCAGAUCAUCCUUUCAAUAGAUUUACUUGGGGUAAUCGAGAGUCACUUUCCGAGGUCAAGAAGAAGAAACUCAUUAAGCUUCUUAGAAAACUUUUCGAUGAAUCCUUUGUUGGUUCUUCUAUGAACCUUGUUAUUCUCGGAAAAAAACCUCUUGAUGUCUUAAAAAAUUGGGUGAUAUCUUAUUUUGGUCCUAUUAAAAAACAAGUGCCAGGGCCAGAAUCCAGCUCUUCUCACAUUGCUACAUCUACUCCUAUUUGGAAAGAGCACACAUUGUUUUUUUCAAAGUCAGUUGAAGAUAAUCAUCUGCUUGAAGUUUCUUGGACCAUUCCUUCGCCACAAUACGGGAAGAUACCUGAACAGUUUCUUGUCAUCGCACUUGGUCAUAAAGGGGAAGGAUCUUUGUACUCUAUGUUGAGAGAGAAACUCUGGUUGGUUACUCUACAUGUAUCUUCUGGUGACUAUAAAGUCGAUGAUGAAGAUGACGAUAAGGAAUCUGAAGGUACGUACGCAUGUACCUCCGUGGGUCGUCUGUUUUCACUCUCUCUCGAGCUUACCAACCUUGGUAGUUUUAAGGUGUUUGAUAUUGUCGGUCAUGUUUAUGAAUAUCUCCAAUUUGUGAGACAAAACGACGCACCUUGGAUUAUGGAAGAAUUCUUCAAGAUCAAGAACAUGGAAUUUUGUUUCUUUGAUACCUCUGACCUAGGUUCAGAUGCUUCUGCUCUAACCAAAAAAAUUGCAGUUAAUAUGCUUUAUGUUCCCCUCAAAGAUGCUGUCUGUUCUGAUUUUCUCAAUCAGAGCUGCAAUAGGGACUCUAUUGAUGAGCUGCUAAAAUGUUUUGAUCCAAGAAACAUGAGAUUAGAUUUCGUAUCAAUGUCUGAUGAAGGACAAGAUCUGCUUGAACCUAGAUUCCACACUUUCUACAAAGAAGUUCAAAUCCCAUCAGAUGUUAUUGAAAAAUGGCUGAACCCAAUCACUGAAGAUUAUUUCCAGUUCCCACCUCGAAACCGUUUUUUGCCCACAAUACCUUCUUAUGAUGAUGAUGAGGGGGCUGAUGAUGAUGAGGGGGAUGAGGAGGCUGAUGAUGAUGAUGAAUUCAUGGAUGGUGCUGAUCAUGAUGAGGAGGCUGAUGAUGAGGGGGAUGAGGAGGCUGAUGAUGAUGAGGAGGCUGCUGCUGAUGAUGUCAUGGAUGAUGCUGAUGAAGAAGUUGAGUCAUGUCUUCUUGUUGAUGAGCGUUCCAUUAAGCUGUGGCAUACACUUGAGGACAGUGUUCCAACGUUCGUUUUUUCUGUCGGUUUCAAGAUUGAAGAUGAUUUGAAGAGUCAGAUUUUGGCCCAAAUCUUUUUACAGCUUCUGAAAGAUUCCCUUGAAUCUAUCUUAUCUGAGGGAAAGAGAGCUAAUUUGUCUACCACGAUAAAAUUUUUAGAUACAAACAAGAUAGAGAUCAAGACUAGCGGUUUCAAAGACAGUUUCCAUCUCUACAUCUCAUCCAUUUGGAAUGUUCUUAAAUCUUGUUCUCCAUCUGCUCAUAGUUUUGAGACUGACAAGGAGAUACUUACCUUUGUUUUGAAAAACAACAUUAUUGAGCUGCUUGACCAUUCCAAAGCUUUGUUUCAAGGAAUGGUCUCCAGAUCCUUUCAUUCAGUUGAAAGGAUGUUGGAUGCGCUUAAGCUGCUUAGCUUUGAGGAUGUUAAGCAGUUCGUCUCAGAUUUGCGGUCUCAGAUGUUUAUCCAAGGUGUUUUUUCUGGGAAUAUGUCAAAAGAAGAAGCUCUAACAAUAUCUGAACUCUUUAAGAGUCAAGAAAUAACUCCUCUUCAAGAAGAUUUUCGAGAUGAUCUAAGAGAAGAUGUCCCUCGUCCUUGUGAACCUUCUAAUCAUUAUAUUGAUGACUUUGUCAAAAUAAAGACAGAUAUCAACUCUCUUGCUACGGUCUGUUUCCAGUUUGGAACAAAACGUGGUAAUGCUAGAGAUACAGCACUCCUACAUCUCUUUUAUUCAUUGAUAGAGGAGAACAUAGUCUACUGGCUAAAGAUGUUCCCUGAUUUCAACAAGAGAGUUAGGAGGAAUCUGAAAGAGAUUGAGAAGGAGGAUGUCCUGAAGUUCUACAAGAAGUACCUUAUCGAAACUUCUCCUGAGACCCGUACCCUUUCCAUAAGGAUAUGGGGGUGCAACAGUCGCUUUGCUUAGUGAUUUUGGGCUUUGCUUUGAUAAAUAAACUGCCUAGUAAUUUGACUUCUGUUUAUGCAUUUGUGUUGUUGGGGAUGGGUGCACCAGGCGCUUGUUCUAUGUUGACUUCUUUAUGAUGUUGGGCUCUGCUUUGUUAAUUGACUUCUACUGUUCAUGUUGAUGCAUUUUGUUGUGGCAGACUGCCUGUUAUUUGACUUCUUCGUGAUGUUACACUUGCUUUGUUAAGUGGCAUGCUUAUACAUAAGCUUGGC